AGAGGCUAGUGAACGAAAGAGAAGAGACACAAAUUUAGAGCCAAUCCUACCCAAAUUAGAGGCUGACGAACGAAAGAGACAGAAUUUUUCGGUCUAGGCCUUGGAGUCUAAAUGGGGAGAGGAUAUCAUCUGGUCCUGGUCAAAAGAAGUUUGGAAAUUUGUACUUGAAUUAUGAGAUUUGGUAUAAAUUAUUGUGAUGUCGUUUUUGCUUUUCCCAAAUCCAGUUCUUUGGGGCAUGCAGUAGUGUUACAUUGCUUUAGAUUAUAAGACACAAUAUUAUGCAAGUAUAUUGCCAUCUUUAGGGCACUUUAAUUCAUACCUAAAUAAUAAUAUGAAUGUUUUAAUGUGACUUUUUAUUUGCUCUUUUCCCUCUUUAAUAUUUGCAGGACUUUACUAAAUGUGACAGAAGGUUCAUAAUACAAGCCAAAGACCAAGGAGGGAGUAACCGUGAUUGAAUCUGGCAGAAGUUGGUUCAGUAACUACCCAAAAUAUUAACACUGUCUGCCCCUCACAGCUGUAGAGCCGAGGUGAAUUUGCUGAAAGACCAGUACAGCACGGGAAGUCAGGAUGACGAAUGAAGAAGUUAAAACAAAGGAGACCUUAAGCAUUGAACCUGCUGAAUGUAGGAUAUCUGUGCACAGUUUCUCAGAAAGUUUGAUGGAUAAAGAGGUUUUCUUUCAUGUGACCAAGAUGAAGGACUGCUUCAUGUUAUGGAUUGGAAACAAACCAGCUAGCAUGAACAACCUGGCAGUGGCCAUCGAUACCAAAUUUGAUAGUGUACCCAGCAGUAGCUUGUUGAUGGGUGAUGUUUCAGAUCUUCAGCCCACAGCUUUGGCCCAAAAAUUAGCCAAAUCGACUGGCAAGCAGGUGUUCGUGAGUUGCAGCCUUCCCGCAGUAGACCAACUGAUGGUAUCCCUUGUUGAAAAAAGGUUAACAGAGGAAAUGAAAGCCAACCCGGACAAGUUUUGACACCAGAGAGCGCAAGGACUUUGAACUCAAACAUUCCUCUCAUGAAUUCAGCCGACGAGUGGACCUUUUUUUAACACUUGCGUGGCAUCAAGACCCGACCAAAUUAGCUGAAACCACUUCCCCAUUCAGUUGGUGGACUGUUGGAGAUGAUUCAGAGGCUUGUGUAUCACAAGAUGGAUCUCCUUCUUCAGACAUAACCUUUGAACCUGAUGGGACCAUGGGUGCUGUAUCAAAAUCGUUCAUGAACUUUUCAAACAAAACUCAAGGAUCAAGGAUUUUAUUACUCGUCCACCAACAGAGACACUAUGCAUUGAGCUUGACCUGUUUUAUGUUUGGAAAGGAGCAGGGUUCUUUGGACAAUUUAUUCCACAAUUCUUCUUAUUUUUUUCUUCUUUAUUCCACAAUAAAGGUGCUCAGAUUUAAGGGGUAGCAUCAGAAACCACACUCAUUCUGCUAUCAGACCAUGUACAGUAGAUGCACCAAGGAAAUGCUCUCAUUAACACUAUAGAAAAAAACAAAAAACGUGUAUGAUCUACCACAAGUGACGUGUAAUUCUAGACACGAUUAUAAAAGGCAUAUUUUUUAUCAAUAGUGAAGUGUUAAUUAUUAAACAUCAAAUGAUACAGCAAAAAGAAAA